UGUCUGUGGUAAAAAAGAUGAGAAUCUGAACUCCGAAAAGUGAAGUUAAGUGUUAACACAGCUGAACAAAAUUCAAUCGUUUAUAAUGUCUUGAAAAGUAAAAUAAAUAAAUCGGUAUCGAGAAGUUGCCUUCGAUGAUAUUUGAGGACUGACUGAUAAUGUCUGACUACGACCUGCAGUUUGAAGCUGACUUAGAAAAAGCCCAGGCUUUGAGUUUAGAAAGUUUGGCAUUGGAGCAAUUUCGCAGGCAGAAGCAACUAUCGAGUUCAGAUAAUGUGCGGGACACGGGCGCCGCCAGUGUACGCCGUCGAGACGAGAGUGACGGUCCGCCACCCGCGUUACCGCCCCCCCCUCGUAAGCCUCCACGAAGAACUUCAAACUCGGAAAGUUCUAGGUCAACGGGAACCAGUCCCACCAGAACCACUAGCAGUGACCUGAUAUCAUUCGCAAGUCCUACAAGUAAAACUCCGCCAAAGGAUUCCCAUGCCUCCCUUAAAGAGUAUAUCGACCAAAUUAGCAAAUUGGGUCAACAAACUGAAGAUCUCACAUUGAAUACUCCAGACGCGUCAACGACGAUGAAUAAUCAGUAUAACCAACGACCGGGCUAUCCUUACAAUGCUCAGUAUAAUUACAACUAUCCCCCACCAUACACGGCCAUGCCGCCCUACCCUCCAUACCCUCCAUCCACUCCUUAUGGGAUGCCCGCACCAAUGGGUACACCGGCCCCCAAUUAUCCCUACCAUCCUCCCGUGGCGGGACAACACGACCAACCACCGACAUAUGUUGUAACUAAUCCACCAAUGUAUGCUCCAACGAUACCCUACACACAAACUAGAAUGGCAACUCCCACACCUUACAUGGGAUAUCCUCAAAAUCAUUCGCAACCUCCAGCAUACAAUUACAACACUACGAAUUUGAUAUCGAGGCCGCCGAGGCCGGUUACGUUGUACCCUCAACUAAAUCAAAUGCCGACAUAUCCGCCCAAGUCUGCACAAAAUCAGAAUGUGAAUAAUAAUAAUAACAAUAAUGUUAAAGUCCAACCUGUUUUGAAGAACCAACCUUCCAAAGGCAGCAUUGAGGCCAACGCUUCAAAGAAAUCGGAAGUAAAUUCUGGGCCGAACGAGUCCAGCGACACGGUGGAAAGUCUACCAAAGUCGAUGAAUCUGAUCGACUUCGGUGGUCGAAAGUCAACUGGGCAAGGUAGCGUAAGAGUCAGUGUGUUAGAGGCGUUUGAUCCGCUACUAACUGAACAGAAUCAUCCUGACUACGCGGUCCCCAGCGAGUGCUCGAGCGUGUACGAGGAGUACGACCCGCUAGACUUCCUGUACGGCGAGACGGAGCUGCGCGAGGCGCCGCUGUACGGCGCCGGCAAGCGGGACGCGCCCGCCGUGCCGUCGCCGCCGCCCAAGAACAUCCCCAGCGUGCCGGCCGUCGCCAAGAGACCUACUACGAAUAAACUUUACGACUGCAUAGUUAAAACUCGUACCAAGAAUUACGAUAGCGAGCAUAAAGCGUUUUUAAAAAUGGUCCUCGACGUCAGAAAAAAAUUCAUUCACUCUGAUGAAAAAACUAAUCCGGGCCACGUGAUCGCGGCGAGGUCGGGCGGGAGAUACCCACCUAACACUAGUAUUAAGAUUCUAGUCUACAACUCCCAUACCGACGAGCCGAUCAUCUUUACCUCUGAUGUCGAGUCAACCGUGGAACAUGUGAUAUUAACAGUGGUAUGUUCUCUAGAUGAGGAUAUAAGGGAAGACAUGUCUGAGUAUAUGUUACGGGUUUGGGGAGCAAAAGAAUACCUAACACCAGGCAGUUCGCUAAGUGAAUAUGACUAUAUUCGAGAAUGUGUACGCUUAGAAAAAGACGUCCGUCUAUGUUUAUCUGAAUGCAAAGAUACAUCGCUGGCCAGGAGCGAGAGAGAUGACGCGAGAGACUCGCACCUAACUUUGGACGAUUUGAUACCGACUCAAGGCUCUAUGCCGAUGCUGUCAUUUGAUAAUCUUUCUAUUUUACUUGAGACACUGGAGGGCGAGCUGUCCCGCGCAGUGGGCGUGGUGAGCGCGGAGGGCAGCUGCUCGCCCAACGCCGUGUUCCAGGCCGUCAAGGCCAUCUGCGCGCUGGCCGGCGGCGUCGAGACGCUGCACGUCACGCACACGCUGAAUGCGUACGCGCAGGCCUGCACCGCCCAGAGCACGGGCGCCAUGCGGCCGGAGAUCCAGGCGGAGAGCGGCCCGUACUGCGCGGUGUCGCUGCGCGCCGCCAACGCGCGCGAGGCGCUGGCGCAGCAGUGCGCGCGCGUGCGCGACGCCGUGCGCGCGCUGCUGGCGCUCUACACGCGCGCGCGCCUGCUCGACUUCCGCCUGCAGGACGCGGCCGGCGUCGCCGAGCCCAGCAAGGCAGUCCCAGCGCAUACAAUAACGGAGACUAUGUUACUGUGCAUCGAAGCGGUCCACAGCCUUCCGCUGUGCUGGACACACGAUGAGUAUCUGUUCCACGUGCAGGCGUACUACGGCACUCGACCCUUGAAGACGCUACACGUUACGCAUAUAUCAAAAAUCGAGUGCGGGGGAUUUUAUCCUAGGAUCAUAUUUGAUACUUGGCUUAAUCUGGAAGAUGUACCAAUCAGCACGCUACCUCGUGAGACUCGACUCGUGAUGACACUAUAUGGUCGAACACAAAGAACUGACGACCAACUGCUAGCCGACCAACAGAACAACAAGGAGGGCGAGGGGAAUGGUGACUUACAGUUCGAACAAGUUGAAUUGGGUUGGACUUCGAUACAGAUGUUCGAUUAUGAUGGUCUACUCGCGUCGGGACACUACGUGCUGCCGCUGUGGCCGGCGUGCUGCGACCGCCGCAUCGGCCCCGCGCCGCACCCGAUGCACGCGCCGCCGCCGCCCUACCCCGUCGUCAACAUCGAAAUUCCAAUAUACACUCGGACUGGUGUAAAAUGGACGAAUGUCGACGAGGAGAAGCAGAAAGUCUUCUCAUCAGAAAAUUUACCCAAGUUUGACUCCCUGGAUGGACACACCCAGUCACAGUUAUUACAUCUCAUAGAACAAGGGGCUUAUCAAAGGAUGCCUACUGAAGGACGAGAGAUCCUAUGGGAGAAGCGUCAAUACCUAGUAGAGCUGCCAGGUGCUUUACCAUUAGUGUUGCUGGCUGCCACUAGCUGGAGUGGCGAGCAACGUGCUCAGCUCGUGGCGCUAUUGCAGCGUUGGGAGCGACCCUCGCCACUAAACUCCAUGCACCUACUGCUGCCUUGUUUCCCAGACGCAGCGGUCCGCGAGAUGGCAGCACAACUAGCAAGUGGAAUGUCAGACGAUGAACUCAUUCGGGUUCUACCUCAACUUGCACAGGCGCUUCGGUAUGAGACCUACGAAGCUAGCCCACUUGCUGGAAUGUUAUUAUCAAGAGCGAUGUCCGCUCCAGCCGUCGCACACAAAUUAUUUUGGCUUCUAGUACAUUCGCUGCCAAAUGUACCACUGGCACCAAACGAAGAGUUUCUAGGUAUUAGUCUCGAAGAUAAUGCGACUGAUAACACAGAAGUGGAUGCAUGUAUGACAGCCACUUGGCGUUAUCGGUUGCUCCUGCGAGCUCUGCUGGCGAUCUGUGGCGAAAACCUUAGUCAGACUCUACUACGACAACAGCUCCUGGUCAAAACGGUGUCGGAGGUGGCGCUGUCGGUGAAGGGCGCGAAGGAGGCGCUGCGCGCGCGCGCUCUGGUGGCGGGCGGCGAGCGGCUGGCGGCGCAACUGCGGCGCACGCCCGCCGCGCUGCCCUUCGCGCUGCACCGCUACGUGCACGACGUCGACAUCAAGUCCUGUUCAUAUUUUUCAUCGAAUACGCUUCCCUUGAAAAUAAACUUCAUUGGUGAUGACACCGCUGUUGUACCGGCUAUGUUUAAAGUCGGUGAUGACCUUCGGCAAGAUUCAUUGGUCCUCCAAGUCAUCAAAGUCAUGGACACCCUUUGGUUAAAAGCAGGCCUAGAUUUACGAAUGGUCACAUUCCAGGCAUUACCAACAAGCAGUAAAAGAGGAAUGAUUGAAAUUGUGUCAGAGGCCGAAACUCUUAGAGCUAUCCAGACAGAGUGGGGUCUGACGGGCUCAUUCAAAGAUAAACCCAUAGCUGAGUGGCUCGCCAAGCACAAUCCCUCGGAGCUGGAGUACCAGAGAGCCAGGGACAACUUUACAGCAUCAUGCGCGGGCUACAGCGUAGCGACGUACCUGCUGGGCAUCUGCGACAGACACAACGACAACAUCAUGCUGAAGACCUCCGGACAUCUGUUCCACAUCGACUUCGGAAAAUUCCUCGGUGACGCACAGAUGUUUGGCAACUUUAAGAGGGACCGAGCUCCUUUCGUUCUCACAAACGAUAUGGUGUACGUCAUCAACGGCGGCGAACGACCCACGCAGCGCUUCCAGCACUUCGUAGAGCUGUGCUGCAUGGCUUUCAAUAUCGUUCGAGCGCACCACGACCAUUUGCUGGACUUGUUCGCCCUGAUGGCGAUGUCGGGCGUGCCGGGCGUGUCGAGCGCGGCGGCGGGCUACGUGCGCGGCGCGCUGCUGCCCGCCGCCAGCAACGCCGAGGCGGCCGCCGCCUUCGCGCGCCUCAUACACUCCUCGCUCAAGAGCAAAUUUACGCCUAUAAACUUCUUCCUGCAUAAUCUGGCGCAGCUGAGAGCUAGCGGUGACCAGAGUAACAACACAUCGGAGCUCUUGUCGUUCAUGCCCCGAACUUAUACCAUGACCCAGGAAGGUCGGCUCGUGAGAGUCGAGUGCCUCAGCUACGAGAAACGCUACGAUCCCGAAAAGCACUACGUGUACGCGCUACGAGUUUUCCGGCAGGGACAGGCCACGCCCUCCGUGCUCUACCGCUCCUACAAACAUUUUACCGAGUUGUACCAGAAGAUAUGCUUGCAUUUUCCUUUAGCGAAGGUCCAUAGCUUACCGUCCGGUUUACACGUAGGAAGAUCCAACACAAGACAAGUUGCCGAGAGGAGAUUCAGCGAUGUACAAGCUUUCCUGACCUCUCUGUUCAGCCUGGCGGAUGAAAUAGCACAUUCAGAUCUUGUUUACACAUUCUUCCAUCCGCUGCUGCGGGAUCAGCAGGAUGUGGAACCGCAGAGACUAAAGAAAGGCGAGUCCGUGGAGACGGAGAACAGCGGCUCGGGCUCGCUGAAGCUGUCGGUGCAGUACUCGGGCGGGGUGCUCUCCGUGCUCAUCCUGCACGCGCAGUCGCUGGCCGCCUCCGCGCAGGGCCUGCCGCCCAACCCCUACGUCAAGGUAUACCUAGUACCAGAUCCAACCAAAGAGACGAAACGCAAGACGCGCGUAUUGAAACGAAACUCGCACCCGUCUUUCAUGGAGAUGCUGGAGUACCGCCUGCCCCUGGACGUCGUCAAGAACAGAAGCUUACAGGCGACUGUGUGGCACUACGACUCCUUGCAGGAGAACCAGUUCCUGGGGGGAGUCGUCAUCCCCCUGGGCACCUUACCGCUGAAACAGGAAACGGUGGCGUGGUAUCCGCUGGAAUACAUCCCUCGGUAGCUGCUACUGGCCCGCUCAGCCAUGUGGAGCACAGACUUGCCGAUGAGGUGACUCCCAGACUGUGUGUGCGCUGAUAUAGAAUGAUGCGUAUCGAUUUAGACAAAUUUUUGGUAACUUCUUAAAAUCCAGACGUGCUAUUUUGUAGCUUGGAUAAAUUAUACUCUAAUAUAUUUGAAUAACGCUUCACCCAAUUUUCCGUUAAUCAUAAUACUUAUUAAAUUAUAAUAAUCUUGAUUUCUUAAAAUAAAAUCUAUAAUCAUAAAUGAUAUUGGCAGCAUUUAAUAAGCAAUUAAGAAAUAAAUAGCGUUUUAAUAAUAAUCAUCAAAUAUUUUUCGUAACCUUCAAGUGAAUGACGACAAAGUGAAGGAAUUAAAACGAGUAUACUGGCUAAAUGUUCUCAAGUAAGAUGUAAUUCUAAUUACGAGAAUACCAAACUGAUGCAUUUGUUUCGUUUGCAAUGGGAGCAUCGGCCGUCCGAACGUAAACUAUUGUGAUUGCGAUGACGUAUAGGAAAUAACGCGCUGGUAUUGUAACUACGUAAGAUACAGGUAUUAUUCAAUGUCACAAUACAUAUUAUACUGGUCACGUGACUUAAUAACUCUAAACCUCCAUAUGAUAACAGUAUUUUGUUCGUCGAUGUAUUUCUUAAAAUUGUAAGGUUAGUUUUUGAUGCCUAUUUAAAGCCCUCGUUAUAUUUUAUUUACUCCGCUCACUAACGCAGUCCGUUUGUUAGAGGUCUUAUAUCAACGGUUGAUUUGUUCACUGACUGACUGGACUGAGAUUAUAAAGUUUUAUUUUGUUAAUCAAUUUAAUGCACUCGGAAUGUUUUGGCAAAGGGAGUGUAACAUAUGAUUAUUAUGUGUGUGUAUUUUGGGGCGAUCGAAAUUCUAUAAGUCAUAUUUCAUACAUGCGUGGAGAUUAAGAACUGCUUUAAGAACCAGUCGUCUGUGAAUUGAUUGAGUUUUAAAAAAAGUGACAUUUAUUAGGAAUGUUUUUUUUUUUUUCGGCUGUCGUUAGGGGAGAAUAUUAUAAAUAUUAGUGUGUCUUGUUUGAUUUCGUCGUUCCUAUAUUAUAAUGAAUUGUGGCUUAUUGCUAAAAAUGGCCUCCAAAGCACAACGUAAUUAUUUAAUUUACAUAUCACUUUCGAAAACUAAUCGGCUCUUUAACUCACAUUCCAAAAAGGUUUUAUAUUUUUGUAUGUCAUUUUUAUAACUCGUAAUAUAAUCUGUGGUGCUUUAUAUUUCGCUGCUCUAGAAUGUAUUAUCUGUGUUUAUUUGAAGAUUGUCUUUGGAAAUUUGUACGAUGUUUAUCCUGAGAUCUGAAAUGGAUGCGUGGUAUUUUUUAUCAAUGUAUUUCUAUAAUAUAUCUAUAUUUUACAAAACUAGAUUGCGUUUGCUGUGUUAUUUAAAUGAAUAUAAUUAUUUAUAAAAGUAAAGCUAUUUAUAAAAUAUUAAAUGUCUUCUGUAAUCGGUAUUAAUUUUGUAUGACAGAAUUACGUAAAAAAAAAGUAUUUUAUUUCACAGCUUUUUAUAUAAGUUUUGGCGUUGGCAUACAAAAACCUCAGGCUUCCAGUAUUUGCUCAAAUUUAUUGAAUGAGCAUUCGUUUUGCGAUAGAAUUAAUGUUUGUAGCUCCUGUAUAUAACGUUUAGAUAGAUUUUAUACGAAAUGUCAUGAAAUCUUGUCCUACCGGGAACAUAAUAAACUAUAUGUUGUAUAUUAUUUGUAUUGAAGUUUAAUAAAUAUCUGCGAUGUA